UUCUCCAUUUUCUUCUUCUUUGAACAGCUGUUGAACACAAAAAGUGGGAGUUUUUAACAUUUUUAACAUUUUGUGGAUUUUGUGAUUCCGCGAGAUGUCCGAUUCCGAGAGUAGCGAGGACGAAACCACCUCUAAACUUUUGCAAGCAGUGGACACAUCUUUCCUGAAUGAAACUCUUUACAAGAAAGAUCCGACCACAAAAGAAACGAAGGAGAAGAACGAUUCCAGCCAAAACCAUGAUGAAAAACCACUCGCCGACGACAAGAAAGAUGCACCCAAGUCCAAUCGAUACCUGCUCGAGGAGGAUUCCGUCUUUCAGAGCGAUCUGAACGUUAGCGACUCGAUGCAGAAGCACAUGGCCGCGAAGGUAUCGAAGCUGAUCGAAUCGAUCGUAUCCUUCGAGGAUACCGUGACUGUGAAACAGAAGAAAGUAAAGACGAAAACGGCCAAAGAAAUUACCGGCACGGUACAACUACUAUCGGGGUUUGAUGCGUGCAUUAAUCUGGAUCACCUCGAGCCAAGCUUUGUUCAACUGAAACCAGUCCAGGUGCGUCGUCGGCAAGUUGAGCAGGAAAGCAACCCGGAUAACCAACAGGCGUUCGCAUCCGCCGUCUGUGAACCUGGCACAUUUAGCGAGGAAACGAAACACUGGAAACCGAAACGUGAAAAGAUGGUGUUCCACUAUCGAUCGAAAGGGAAUGGUGUAUGCGAGGCGCUUCCGAACGUGCCCUCGAAUGAGUUCACCCUAUCGCGUGUGGACCGCAAAUGGGACGAAACCAAGAUACGAUUGUGGAAAGGGGAAAAAAGGGCGAAAAAGCGACCUAUAAAUGUGUGAUCCU